GAAGACGAAAUGUUUCUCCUGUCGCUCCUCCCAUCAAUCCGAAAACUCACACCUUUGCAAAAAAUGGACUUCAAGCUGGAAGUCAUGACCUCGCUCAAAAAAAUCCAAUUCGCUGACGCAUCUAGUUGCCAGCAUUUGUAAAAUGUCAACGAAGAAAAACGUGAUCACAAUCCGGAAUUUCCGGGGGCUUACGCCCACCCCACCGGAGACCAUCGAAAAGAAAUGGCAACACCUCGAAGCAGAAAUCGUCACAAUCUUCAAUACUUCGAACUACACGAAUUUGGAAGAACUGUACAGAAUAGCCGAGGAGUUGUACACUGCCAAGUACGCCCCCUUGUUGUACAACCUUCAAGUUCUGAUUGAAAGUUACUUGACCCAAAAACUGGAAUCUAUCGUUGCCAAUGUGAGUAACGUGUUGUUUGUGGUCGACCAGUUUUGGAAAGAGUUUUGCCAACACGUCAAAACUAUUAAAAACAUUUUCCUGUACUAUGACCGCUCCCCCAAAUUUUUCAAAUACAACACUGUGCAAAGCAUCAGCUUGGGGCUAUUCACCAGUGUCGUGAUUCUCAAUCCUGUGGUUAGGAAAAACCUAGUUGAAGAAAUUCUUCGGAAGGUUGAGGACGAAAGACGCACUCUCACCACCGAUCAUGUAACUGUUCUAAAAUCAACAAUAAACAUGCUGAACGUGCUCCAAGUCUAUGAGGACAUCUUCACUUCUGAUUUCCUGAAGUCGACUCACGAUUUUUACGAGGAUGAAGCUUCCAGGAACAUUAAUACCAUGGAAGUGCCCCAGUACUUGUCGCUUGUCAACAAGCGAAUUACCCAAGAACAGGAACGCGUUACCAAUUAUUUGAAUAAAAACACAGAAGCGCAACUUUUGGAUAUCGUUUACACCCAACUCAUCGAGAAGCAGAUCACCGAGAUUCUGAACAAAGGGUUCGACCAACUGAUUGAUAAAAACAUGCACAGCGAGCUGGUCCUGAUCUACAAACUGUUCCAAAAAAUCUCAAACGGUACCAAACACCUGAUCAGCUACUUCAAAGACUACAUUGUCAAAAAAGGGACAACUAUAACCGACGCCAAAAACGAGAAGAACAUGAUCCAGGAUUUGCUCGACUUCAAGGACGAUCUGGACAAGAUCAUUGAGUUGUCCUUCGAGAACCGGAAGGAGUUCCACGAGUGUGUCCGUCUUGCGUUUAAGAACUUCAUCAAUAGUUUUCACGCGAAAAGUGCCCAACUUUUGGCCAAAUACCUCGAUGUUAAGCUGCGCAGCAAGGACAUCACCGACGAGGAGCUGGAGGUGGUUUUGACCAAAGUGAUAAAAUUGUUUAAACACGUCCAAGGCAAGGAUAUUUUUGAGGCGUUUUAUAAGAAACUUUUGGCCAAGAGAUUGCUUCUGGGGAAGUCGGCCAAUCAAGACGCUGAAAAUAGCAUGAUUUCGAAGCUACGUGACGAGUGUGGGAGCGCCUUCACGUCCAAUAUCGAAGGCAUGUUCCAGGAUAUCAACUUGAGCAAGAGUAUAAAUAACUCGUUUAAACAGAAAGUGAGGAAUCAGGAGAACGGGUUCACGUCCGAGUUUUCGGUCAAUGUCUUGACGAGCAGCUAUUGGCCAAACUACCCCAACUAUGCGGUCAAUUUGCCUUGUGAGUUGGUGACGUAUCAGCAAAGCUUCCAGAAGUUUUAUUUGAGUAACCACAGUGGAAGGAAACUCCUCUGGCAACCAAGCCUGACUCACUGUCUACUGAAAGCAAGUUUCGAAUGUGGUGUUAAGGAGUUACAAGUGUCCUUAUUCCAAACUGUCGUCCUUUUACUGUUCAAUGCAUCGCCAGAGAUUGCUUUCAAGGAGAUACAAGAAGCCACAAGUUUGGACGGAGGCGAGUUGAAGCGAACUCUCCUGUCUCUGGUUUAUGGCAAGGCCAGAAUUUUGCUCAAAACGCCCAAAACUAAGGAAAUCGAAGACGAUGAUGUUUUCGUUUUCAACAAUAAGUUCACCGAUAAGUUGUUUAGGGUGAAGAUCAACCAGAUUCAGUUGCAAGACUCGCCGGAGGAUGAGAAAGAAACCGAGAAAAAUGUUUUGGUGGAUCGGCAGUUUCAGAUAGAUGCGGCUAUAGUCAGGAUUAUGAAGAGUAAAAAGACUAUAAAGCACUAUAUGCUAGUGAGGGAGUUGUACAAGGUGCUGGAUAUUCCAGUCAAUCAGACCGAUUUGAAAAAGAGGAUCGAGUUGUUGAUCGAACGGGAGUACAUGGAGAGGGAUAAAGAUAACAAAUCCACUUACAUUUAUAUUGCCUAGUUAAUAAAUUGUUAUUUUUUCUGAA